GCUUGAUCGUCUCUUCAUUUUACUGGACACUGGUACAACACCAGUAACAAGAAAAGCAGCUGCACAGCAACUUGGGGAAGUAGUGAAACUGCAUCCUCAUGAACUGAAUAAUCUCUUAUCUAAAGUGUUAGUGUAUUUAAGAAGUACAAAUUGGGAUACCCGUAUUGCAGCUGGCCAGGCUGUUGAAGCAAUAGUGAAAAAUGUACCUGAGUGGAAUCCAACACCAAGAUCAAAACAAGAACCAGGCUCAGAAAGUCCUGUGGAAGAUUCACCUUCAACAGAUCGGUUGCGUUUUGACAGAUUUGAUAUAUGUCGGUUGUUAAAACAUGGUGCAUCUCUGCUUGGAUCUGCUGGUGCAGAAUUUGAAGUCCAAGAUGAUAAAUCAGGUGAAAUUGAUCCUAAAGAGAGGAUAGCACGACAGAGGAAACUGUUACAGAAGAAACUUGGCUUAGAUAUGGGUGCUGCAAUUGGGAUGAAUACUGAAGACCUGUUCAAUGAUGAAGAUCUGGACUACUCUCCUUCUUCAGUUUCACUAGUAAACAAACAACCUACUCUUCAGGCUGCCGAGUUAAUUGACUCAGAAUUUCGAGCUGGUAUGAGCAGUAGACAAAAGAAUAAAGCCAAAAGAAUGGCUAAGCUAUUUGCAAAGCAAAGAUCCAGAGAUGCAGUGGAAACUAAUGAGAAGAGCAAUGAUAGCACUGAUGGGGAACCAGAAGAAAAGAGAAGAAAAGUUGCAAAUGUUGUCAUCAACCAGCCUGCCACAGACUCAAAAGCAUUGGUAGAAAAUGCUCCAGAAGAGCCAAAUGAAUGGCCUCUGGAAAGCUUCUGUGAAGAGGUGUGCAAUGAUCUCUUUAACCCUUCUUGGGAGGUUCGACAUGGUGCAGGUACUGGACUGAGAGAGAUACUUAAAGCUCAUGGUAAAAGUGGUGGUAAAAUGGGAGAUAGCUCUUUAGAAGAGAUGGUUCAGCAGCAUCAGGAGUGGCUGGAAGACCUGGUUAUUAGACUCCUUUGUGUGUUUGCAUUAGACAGAUUUGGAGACUUUGUUUCAGAUGAAGUGGUAGCACCGGUACGUGAGACUUGUGCUCAGACUUUGGGAGUCGUAUUGAAACAUAUGAAUGAGACUGGAGUUCACAAAACUGUGGAUGUUCUCCUGAAGCUGCUGACACAGGAACAAUGGGAAGUGAGACACGGUGGUCUGCUAGGAAUAAAGUAUGCUUUGGCAGUACGUCAGGACUUGAUCAGCACUUUAUUGCCUAAAGUGCUGCCUGCAAUAAUUGAAGGUCUCCAAGAUCUGGAUGAUGAUGUCCGAGCUGUUGCUGCAGCAUCUUUAGUACCAGUAGUGGAAAGUCUGGUCCAACUUCAGUCUCAGAAGGUGCCUUUUAUUCUUAAUACCUUGUGGGAUGCACUUCUGGAGUUGGAUGACUUGACAGCUUCCACAAACAGUAUCAUGAUCCUUCUUUCUUCCCUUCUGACUUAUCCUCAGGUCCGCAAAUGCAGUAUUCAGCAGUCACUCACAGUUUUGGUCCCACGUGUGUGGCCGUUCCUGCAUCAUACUAUAUCUUCUGUGCGAAAAGCAGCACUGGAGACAUUAUUCACACUGCUGUCCACCCAAGACCAGAGCUCUUCAACAUGGCUGACUCCAAUUCUGCAAGACAUGUUGAGGCACAUAUUUCAAUUUUGUAUCUUAGAAAGCAACCAAGAAAUUUUGGAUCUUAUUCACAAGGUAUGGCUGGAACUGUUAAACAAGGCAUCUGUACAGUAUGUGGUUGCAGCUGCUUGUCCAUGGAUGGGAGCCUGGCUCUGUUUAAUGAUGCAGCCAUCUCACUUGCCCAUUGACUUAAACAUGUUGCUAGAAGUAAAAACUAGAUCAAAAGAAAAGGCAGGUGCUAAACUGCGUCAAGGUCAAACCCAGAAUAAGGAAGUGAUUCAGGAAUAUAUUGCUGGGGCAGACAGCAUCUCAGAAGAUCCAGCAACCAGGGAUUAUGUUGUCAUGCGAGCUCGGAUGAUGGCAGCAAAGUUGCUGGGAGCACUUUGUUGCUGCAUUUGUGACCCAAGUGUAAAUACUGUUACUCAAGAAAUAAAGCCAGCUGAAUCAUUAGCUCAGCUAUUGCUCUUCCACUUGAAUUCUAAAUCUGCCUUGCAGAGGAUUAGUGUUGCAUUAGUAAUCUGUGAGUGGGCAGCCUUGCAAAAGGAGUGUAGAACUGUGGCCAUUUGUGUGCAGCCUCGCUUACUUGGGGUCCUUUCUGAACAUCUCUAUUACGAUGAAAUUGCUGUUCCUUUUACACGAAUGCAGAACGAAUGUAAACAGCUCAUUUCAUUGUUAGCUGAUUCACACAUUGACAUUGGAAACAGAGUAAACUGCAGUGUAUUUACAAUAGAUCAAGCUAAUGAGCUGGUUACUUCUGUUUUCAAUGAAGCAACAUCAUCCUUUACUUUGAAUCCUAAAAUUCUACAACAGUUGGAUAGUAAACGACAACAAGUCCAAAUGACUGUUACAGAAACAAAUCAAGAAUGGCAGGUGUUGCAUCUGCGAGUCCAUACAUUUGCUGCAUGUGCAGUUGUGAACUUGCAGCAACUUCCAGAAAAACUAAAUCCUGUUAUAAAGCCCUUAAUGGAAGCUAUCAAAAAAGAGGAGAAUACACUUGUACAAAACUAUGUGGCUUCGUGUAUAGCAAAGUUACUUCAGCAGUGUACAACAAGAUCUCCUUGUCCCAACUCAAAGAUUAUAAAAAAUCUCUGCAACUCUCUCUGUGUGGACCCGCAUCUGACCCCACUGGCAGCAUGUCCUGCACAGCCUCAGAGCAGCAGCUAUGAAAACUCAAAAGGGCCCAGCUCUGAUAAAGAUGGGAUGCAUCAUACAGUUACUAAGCACAAGGGAAUAAUUACACUGUACAGACAUCAGAAAGCUGCUUUUGCUAUCACCAGUCGGCGAGGUCCUACUCCAAAAGCUCCAAAAGCCCCAGUUGUAGAUCUCCCUGCUGGCAGUAGUGGAAGCAUUCCUACAGAACUUGACGAGGCUCAGAAACCUUAUGUUGUACAGAGAAGAGGAGCUGAAUUUGCCUUAUCUACUAUAGCUAAACAUUUUGGUGCUGAAAUGGCAACAGGAUUGCCACAUCUCUGGGAUGCUAUGGUUGGUUCAUUAAGGAACAACAUUCACAUAAAUAAUUUUGACCGAAAGUCCUUAUUGGAAAAAGGAGAUGCUCCUGCCCAGGAGCUUGUAAAUUCUUUGCAGGUUUUUGAAACAACAGCGGCUGCAAUGGAUACUCAGCUACAUCCUCUG